AUGACCGUGUUCGUUUUUUUCGAAGAGUUAAUGUGUCAAUUGACACUUCUUGUGUUCUUUCUUUCGGCUUUUUCUUGGUUUUGGGCGAAGCGUAUUCUUUGUUUCCUUCGGGAAAGUUUGACUGGUGUCUUGUCUCCUCUUUGGCUCUUUCUCGUUGUUCGUCGACCCCGACAACGGAUUCCACCGGUGCCAAUUGGUGAGAUUUAUGUCCUGGGUCCCCAUGGCAUUAGACCCGUCAACGCCAUUGACCAACCACCUGUUGCUUCUUUGGCUUCUCCUUCUGUCCCUGCUCGCCUGGCUUCUCCUUCUCCUACGUUGCAAUCAGCUCCGGCUGUUACUUCGUGGCGUCGUGAGAUUGCCGUGGAGUCGGUUUCUUUGAUCCCGUCGCCUCUUGCAAACAGUUCUUCUCUUGCGGUUUCUUUCCCUUCGGGGGAUAACGCAGGCACAACGGUUUCUUUCCCUUCGGGGGAUAACGUUGUUGAAGCGGAUAACGCAACCACAACGGUUUCUUUCCCUUCGGGGGAUAACGUUGUUCAAGCGGUUUCUUCUCCUUCUGGAGAUAACGCUUUCUUUGCGGUUUCUUCCUCUUUUGAGGAUAACGCACCCACAACGGUUUCUUUCCCUUCGGGGGAUAACGUUGUUCAAGCGGUUUCUUCUCCUUUUGGAGAUAACGCUUUCUUUGCGGUUCUUCCCAUUUCGGUUUCUUCUCCUUCUGGAGAUAACGCUUUCUUUGCGGUUUCUUCCUCUUUUGAGGAUAACGCACCCACAACGGUUUCUUUCCCUUCGGGGGAUAACGUUGUUCAAGCGGUUUCUUCUCCUUCUGGAGAUAACGCUUUCUUUGCGGUUUCUUCCUCUUUUGAGGAUAACGCUCCCACAACGGUUUCUUUCCCUUCGGGGAUAACGUUGUUAAAGCGGUUCUUCUCCUUCUGGAGAUAA